AUGCCGGACGAUUGGAACUACGGGCUGGCGUCCCGCGACAGGGACCACCCGCCCGAGCAGAAUAAGCUAAGGAACAAGAUCAGUGAUAAAUACUUGAACAAUUGCACAGUUAUAUUUGUUGAGAGAGAAUUAUUCAAUCAAGUGAAGGAUGAGGAUGUCAUCAAUCUCUUCCAAAAGGGCGCCUGCAAAGUUAUAUUAUCCACCCUCGACCCGCCCUACCGUAUCCCUCCCGAGCGCUUCUCCCCGCCGCCACCCAAUGUCCGCGAGGACUGGUCGUUGCUCGACUGCCGACACGGACGCCUACUCUUCGACGAUUGGAAGCGGCGGCAGGUCGUUGUGUGGGACCCCAUCACUGAUGAUUAUCGCGUCGUGGUCGAGCCGCCGCAGUUCCUCCAAUCCGGGUUUGCAGUCAUCUACAGUGGGGCGGUGCUCUGCGCUGCCGGCGAGCUGGGGCACGUGCACGGAGACUGCCACUCGAGCCCUUUUCAAGUGGUUUUGCUGGCCACCUUGCGCAAUGCUCAAGUUUUCACCGUGGCAACUGUUUACUCCUCCAAGACUGGCAUGUGGAGUGAUCUCUUGUCAACACCAUUUUCAUCUUUCGGUAUUUAUCGUAAUAAUCCUCCCGGUAUACUUGUCGGUAAUACCAUUCACUGGAUGCUUAUCGGGGGUACGAGUGGCAUACAGUUUGAUCUGGAUAGUCAGAGGCUAACUGUGAUCGAGAGCCCUCCUGGUUUUCAUGACAGUCUUCAGAUCAUCCAUUCAGAGGAUGGCGGUGUUGCCUUUGCCACUUUGUCGGGCCCCUGGAACACCCCCUGCUUCCAAAUCUGGGAGAGGGAGGUCAACUCUUAUGGUGUUACCAGAUGGGAGCUGCGAAAGACUGUUGAACUGCAGAAGAUUCUUGGAUUGCGGUUUAAGAUUGACACAGAGUUAUCAUCUAUAGUGGGUUAUGCCGAGGAUAUUAAUGCCAUUUUUUUUGUGGGUGCACUCAUCUGUCUAUAUGGUUCAGAUUGA